AUGAAUCAACAAAUCGUUUGUACGAGAUUUAAAAUAUUGAUUGUUGCUGUUUUGUUGGCACUUGCUGUCGGUGGAUCAAAGGGUAAAACCAUCGAUACGUCAUCAUCAGAACAAGAAUCAAUUUAUCCGAAAAAUCAACUCGAGUUCGGUAGCAGGAACAGCCUUGUUGAUGAUCGUCCGAGAGAUUUACAAAUUUUCAAAUAUUUAUUAACAAACGAAAUAUUAAAUCGUCAACAAAAUCUAUACGAUUGGGAUGCCGAACAACAGAGGAAAAGAAGUUACUGGAAACAAUGCGCGUUCAAUGCCGUUUCAUGUUUUGGAAAAAAAUAA